CACGUCGCCACCACCACGUCACGACACCCCACGCCGCCCGCCACCACAACAAGCCCGCCCUAACCUUUACCGCCCGCCUCCCCGCCUCCUCCCCGCCUUUCCUCCCUACCACGACCAACCACGACUAUACGACGACCCCCACGACCCACGACCCACGACUAGUACGACCCACGACCACAAACACCCACAAGCAAGAUGAAAGUCCGCAUCACCUCAUACACCGCAACUGCCGUGUGGCGCUGGGACGUCCCGGAGGACGACGUGUGCGGCAUCUGCCGCGUGCAGUUUGACGGUACCUGUCCCAACUGUCGCUUUCCGGGCGAUGAAUGUCCGUUGCUCAAUGGCAAGUGCGGACAUUCGUUUCAUCUGCACUGUGUGAACGACUGGAUCCAGACUGAGGCGUCUAGAGGACUGUGCCCCAUGUGCCGCCAGAAGUUCGAGUUCGAGGCGCAGUAGAUGGGUGGGCUGGAUUGCAAACAAAACAGAUGGGGGGUUUGUGACGAUUUGAGGGUGGGCUUAAGGAAUCACGAUGACGAUUAAAAAUAUCAAUUUGCGUUUUACGUUCA